UACGUGUAUCAUAGGUCCUCUGAUGAUGGAACGUGUCGUAUUUGGGAUGCUAGAUGCCCAAACCCCAAAAGUACUCGUGUAUAUGUGCCAAAACCUUCAGAUCCUGCUCCUGGAAAGAACAAUGGUCCUUCAUCAAGCAGUGCCCAACAAAGCCAUCAGAUCUUCUGUUGUGCUUUCAACUCUAGUGGAACUGUUUUUGUUACUGGAAGCUCAGACACUCUUGCAAGGGUUUGGAAUGCUUGCAAGGGCAAUGCAGAGGAGUCAGGACUACCUAAUCAUGAGAUGGAUGUUUUAGCUGGACAUGAGAAUGAUGUAAACUAUGUCCAAUUUAGUGGCUGUGCUGUGACAUCUAGAUUUUCAGUCUCUGAUACUUCAAAAGAAGAAAACAUCCCAAAAUUCAAAAACACUUGGUAUAACCAGGACAACAUCGUCACCUGCUCUCGCGAUGGCAGUGCUAUCAUAUGGAUUCCAAGAUCUCGUAGAUCACAUGGUAAAAUUGGCCGAUGGACACGGGCAUAUCAUCUUAAAGUUCCGCCACCACCUAUGCCACCUCAACCACCGAGGGGAGGUCCUCGUCAAAGAGUUCUUCCAACUCCUCGUGGUGUUAAUAUGAUAGUCUGGAGUUUGGACAAUCGGUUUGUCCUCGCUGCUAUCAUGGAUUGCAGAAUAUGUGUCUGGAAUGCUGCUGACGGUAGCUUAGUACAUUCUUUGACAGGCCACACUGAAUCAACUUAUGUUUUAGACGUUCAUCCUUUUAACCCUCGAAUAGCAAUGAGUGCGGGAUAUGAUGGGAAAACGAUUGUCUGGGAUAUAUGGGAAGGCACACCUGUUCGUACUUAUGAAAUUGGACGCUUUAAGCUGGUUGAUGGAAAAUUUUCUCCGGAUGGAACAUCAAUUAUUCUCUCUGAUGAUGUUGGCCAACUGUAUAUACUUAGCACUGGGCAGGGAGAAUCCCAAAUGGAUGCCAAAUAUGAUCAGUUCUUCUUAGGGGACUAUCGACCACUUAUUCAAGAUACACAUGGAAAUGUUCUUGACCAGGAAACUCAGCUUUUACCUUACCGAAGGAAUAUGCAAGAUCUUCUUUGUGAUUCAGCCUUGCUUCCGUAUCCUGAGCCUUAUCAGAGCAUGUACCAACAACGGCGGCAUGGAAUCUUGGGCAUUGAAUGGCGCCCUUCUUCUGUAAAAUUUGCUGUUGGAGCUGAUAUCAGCCUGGACCAAGAUUACCAAAUGCUUCCCAUAGCAGACUUGGACGUUUUGAUUGAUCCACUUCCAGAGUUUCUAGAUGUUAGGGAUUGGGAACCAGAAAUUGAGAUACAAAGUGAUGAUACUGAUUCAGAGUAUCAUAUAACUGAGGAAAUCUCUUCUGGAGGGGAACAAGGAAGCUUAAUUUCUGUUUCUUCUGGUGACCUAGAGAGUAGUGGAGAUGACAGUGAGGCUGAGGAUUCCCAUAAAGAUGGCCUUCGAAGGUCAAAAAGGAAAAAACAGAAGGCCGAAAUUGAGGUCACUACAUCUUCUGGAAGACGUGUUAAGAGGAAGAAUCUGGAUGAAUAUGGUGAUAGUUCCCUUGUAAUUAGUCGUAGUAGAAAAUCAAAACUUGGUCGUAAAGUCUCAAGGAAAAGGUCAUCGUUAUCUAAGUCUUUACGACCUCAGAGAGCUGCUGCCAGGAAUGCUCUUCAUUUAUUCUCCCGAAUUACAGGAACAUCAGCAGAUUUAGAAGAAGAAUAUACCACUGAAGGUGAUUCAUCAGGAACUGAAACCAUACUUGAUGAUUCAAGCAUUGUCAGUGAAGACUCGGAUUUAUCUUUGCAAAAUGAAGGAGGAGAGAACUUGAAAGGAAAACAAAUUUCUGUCGAUCAGUCUGAGGAUUUGGAUAAACGUGAUCUCCGGUCAAAGCUUAAUCUAGAUGCUGGAGCUAAGAGAAGAUUAGUGUUAAAAUUGCCAAACCGUGAUGCAAGUAAAUUUUUAACUCCAAAAUAUGGUGUCCCUGAAUCUGAAAGCCAGCGUGUUUGUGCAGGCCCAUCAUCUACAGCUCCUACACCUGCAGAUGAGGGGAAAAGUUUUACACACGAUCACAAGUACCCUGUUAGUGAUGGACAUGGCGGUGAAAUGGAUAAAAGCCAUACAGGCCAACCUGCAAAGGUUCAACAUUGUUUAGACUUGCUUGAAGGGUGCAAAGAAAGCAAUAUUGGUUGGGGAGGGGUAAAGACUCGCACUUCUAAACGUUCAAGGAUGGGUGAAUCAAUGUCUUCAGUUGCACAUGCUGGAUCUAUUCCAUUUCUUGAUGGACACGACAAGACAGAAAAUGCUGGUACCGUGCACACUGGGAAUGAAGUGGAAACAAUUUCAUCUGCUUCUGCCUUCCAAAGCGGAGGUAAGGCUGAUGAAAUGAUUGAAAUAAACAAGGAUGAAGUUAGUGCCAGCAUUCUUAAUAAUUCUGAAGCUAAGAAUAUCGAUUCAAAUUCAUGUUUGAUUGACUCAAAGGACAUUGAAAAAUCAUCAUCUAAGCAGGUGAUUGAUGGUAGAACUGGACUUUCCAUUCAACUUACUAAUGGGAAAGAUGACAGUUUUAAAUUGCUAGAGAAACCUGUCACAAUGCCAACAAAGCUGCGCAUUAAGUCAAGAAUCUUUACUAGUGAUCAUGAAAGCUCUGGAAAGAUAGAGGGUCAAUCAUCAUUUGAGGGUUCUGGGCACAAUUCUUGUUGCAUGUCUGAAAGUUCAGACGUUAGGAAGAACUCAAGUUCUGGCCCUCUUGUCAAUGAAGAGACCAGACUACCUAAUUCAGAAAAUGGAAGCCAUGAUCAGGUUGGUAGGUCUUCCAAUUCUGUGUUGCUGGACUUGCAUCAGUUGCCUCCUCAAAAUAGGAUGUUCAGUGCUGUUUAUCGAAGGUCAAAGUCUCUGAGGGGUAGAAGUAAUCAAGAACAUGACAACGGAAAUGGAGCCAGUACUUCAGCUGGAGAAGAUCAUAAUUUACAUGAUGAAAACGAAGCACUGACUGAAGGUGUCAGGAGGCCAAGGUCCAUUAGAUUGAGGUCAUCAGCUGCAGAUGAUCUUAGCACAGAUGACGGAAAUCUUUUGCAAAUUGAAGGGAUCAGAAAGGCCAGGUCCAUCAGAUUGAGGUCAACUGCUCGUGAUUCAAACUUUUCAGGCAGCAAGAGUAAAAUUAAGGAAGCCCAUGGUGCUUCAUCAAAUACUCCACCUUUUGCAGAAAAUUCUUCAGUGAAUCGAGAUGAUAACUCUUAUGAAGAACAAGGAAUGGGUGCAAAGGUUCCUGUUAUGGGAUUAAGAUCGACCAGAAACAGAAGAAGUAGUUAUUAUGAUCGUGAAGCUAGUCCACCAGAUAAAAGGAAACCAAUUCAAUCAACAAGAAGUUCAUGGUUAUUGUUGUCAACACAUGAGGAGGGCUUCCGGUAUAUUCCCCAGCAAGCGGAUGAUGUUGUGUAUUUGAGACAGGGGCACCAAGAGUAUAUAGCUUACAGCCAUUUAAAGGAUUUGGGCCCUUGGAGUACACUCAAAGGCCACAUCAGAGCUGUGGAGUUUUGCAAGGUUGAAGAGCUCGAGUACUCAACAAUUGGUGGUUCUGGCGAGAGCUGCUGUAAAAUAUUACUUAAAUUUGUAGAUCCGGAAUCUAGUGUAGUUGGUAAAUCGUUUAGACUGGUUUUGCCUGAAGUGACUAGCUUCCCUGACUUUCUUGUUGAGAGAAGUAGAUAUGAUGCUGCCAUUUCGAGAAAGUGGACUUCUCGGGAUAAAUGCCAAGUUUGGUGGAAAAAUGAGGGUGAGGAAGAUGGUAGUUGGUGGGAAGGCCGGAUUUUGACUGUAAAACCUAAAUCUCCUGACUUUCCAGACAGUCCAUGGGAAAGGUAUGUGGUUCAGUACAAAAGUGAUCCCAGGGAAACACAUCAACAUAGUCCUUGGGAACUGUAUGAUGCUGAUACACAUUGGGAGCAGCCUCAUAUUGAUGUAGAUAUUAGAGACAAGCUGCUCACUGCUUUUGCCAAGCUGGAGCGAUCUGUGAUUAAGAAUCGGGACUACUAUGGGGUGCAAAAAUUGAGAGAAGUUUCUCAAAAAGCCAGUUUUAUUAACAGGUUCCCAGUUCCGUCGUCUCUUGAAGUGAUCCAGAGUAGAUUAGAGAACAACUAUUAUAGAAGUUUAGAUGCAAUGAAGCAUGAUGUUAAAGUACUGCUGUCAAAUGCCGAGUCCUAUUUCGGAAGAAAUGCUGAUGGUUUAGCAAAAGUUAGACGUUUGUCUGACUGGUUCACACGGAUACUGUGCUGAUUGUAGUUUUUGGGGACACAAUUUUGUAGAAAAUUCAUCUGACGUUAGGCUUUUAGGCCAAGCUGGUCAUCUUGUAUAUAUACAUUCCUCUUUCAGUUUAUGAUUUGCUCUCCUUCAUUUCGUUGGCUAGGAUAGGGCAGCUCCAGCUAAAGAGAAAAUUGGUUUGCCUUUAUAUGGUUGAUUGUUUAGGGGAAACUAAUUUAGGAAUCUAUAAUUUGCUGGUUGUUGGAAUGCUUCUUCCAACGCAUGCAUUUUUGUAUGUUUUUGACAUUGAGAAUUGGCAUCAAUUGGUACAAUAUUUUUAACGUUUCUCUAUUGCUUGUA